AUGUCUUCCCAACCUUCGACGGGCAUGGCGACUCCCGUUACCUAUCCCCCUCCCGAGCAAGCCUCGACCGGCAACACCAUGGUGCCUUAUACCUUUCCCCAAGCCAAGCUCAAGCUCCGGCAAACACAGCCUGGAAGGACACCCUUGGUCCUUGUAGCUUGCGGUUCUUUCUCCCCCAUCACGUUCCUCCACCUUCGCAUGUUCGAGAUGGCCUCCGACUUUGUCCGAUUCAACACCAGCUUCGAAGUCUGCGGCGGCUACCUCUCCCCUGUCAGCGACGCCUACAAGAAAGCUGGCCUUGCGCCCGGUCACCAUCGCGUAGAGAUGUGCUCUCGCGCCGUCGAGCAAUCAUCCUGGCUGAUGGUCGACCCCUAUGAGACGGUCACUUGCGACGAAAACGGCGAGCCUGCUUAUGUGCCAACAGCGCGUGUGCUUCGACACUUUGACCACGAGAUCAACACCGUGCUGGGCGGCAUUGAGGGCACCGAUGGUGUGCGGAGGAAGGCCAAGAUUUCGCUUCUUGCGGGUGCGGAUUUGGUCAUGUCAAUGGGAGAGCCCGGGCUUUGGUCGCCGGUCGACUUGGGAGUCAUCCUCGGCCAGUACGGCGCCUUCAUCAUUGAGCGCUCGGGAACCGAUAUCGACGAGGCGCUUGCUACGCUGAGGCAGUACGAAGAUAAUAUCUGGGUCAUCAGCCAAGUGAUACAAAAUGACAUCAGCUCCACCAAAGUCCGUCUUUUCUUGAAGAAAGAUCUGAGCGUGCGAUAUCUCAUUCCGGAUCCUGUUGUUGAGUAUAUCGAAGAACACGGCUUGUUCCAAGACGAACAAUCCAGCAAGAAGAAGAACAACGACUCCUCAUCAACAGGAGGCAAGGACAAGGAGAAGGAGAAGCCAACAACCGCUGACGGGACAAAUACGCCCUCAAGCUCGACUGAACAAACGACACAACAGAGCUAG